GAAUACCUACUGGCUUGAUGCUAUGGCCGAGGAAAGAUUUUGGCCAUGCAUUACCUUGAGUCCACCACGGACUAUUCGUCCAACCGCAUGUGUGCCGAUGAAAGAGAUAUCUUCAGGGGUUUCAUCCCUCUAGCGAGGCAAGUUCCACAUGGGGCUGGUUCGGAGACGCCGCGCAGUCAAUCUGGGGCUGAGUUCCGAAAGGCGAAGAUGGCAGUUCCAGACCCGACAGCAUGGUUCAGCUCAACAACCAUACAAAUACUCCGUAUAAGUCAGGCACUCAUGGCAAGUAUUUCUCUCUGGUAGAGCUGUUCAACCGCUACCAUCUAGCAGCCAAGGUGUGUGUCAUUUACGUCCUGGACGAGGAGGCGCUUGGCGAGGGGCUAGAGGUACUGUAUGGCGACAGGGAACUGCUCGUGGUCUGGUACGAUGCCUUUGAGAAGACGGUACGCUACCGCUGGAGGAGCGUAGUAGACAUUAGCCAAGAAAUGGCCCUGAUUAAUAUGAUAUUAAUCGACAACUAUCCUGUGUGGACCCAAGCCGAGAUUGGGGAGGACUAUAACUAGGAUGGGCCGCUCGGCCCGCCUUCGACAUAGGAAGGUGAUAGCGACACGGAUCAAUAAUGGUGGAGAGUAUAAAGAUCGCUGCGUUAGGGGGCCUACCUCACU